UUAUCUGUUAUACAGGAGGACUUUAGAGCUGGAAGAAUCUGCCUUGAAAAAACGGUGAAAUUACUUGAAAAGCUAAGUAUCCGGUGUGAUGGUAAUCAUGUCAAAAAUGUAUUUAAGGAAAAUGACAAACAGAAGAGUGGAAAAAUAACCAUAGAAGAAUUUAGAACAAUUUAUCGGAGUUUUGCUUACAGAGAAGAUAUUGUUGAGAUUUUCAAUGUUUAUUCUCGAAACCACAAAAUUCUGUCCGAACAAAAUCUGAUGGAAUUUCUUAAAAAAGAACAAUAUGUACUUGAGAUGAAUAAAAGCAUUGCCUAUGAGAUAAUUCAAAAAUAUGAACCCAUCGAAGAAGUGAAAAAUCAACACCAGAUGACAAUUGAAGGAUUUUUAAGAUACAUGAACUCAAAUGAUUGCUUUCUAUUUAAAAAGAAUUGUACCCAAGUUUAUCAUGAUAUGACUCGUCCUUUAAGUGAUUAUUUUAUUUCAUCUUCUCAUAACACCUACCUGAUUUCUGGGCAGUUAAUAGGUCCAAGUGACCUUUGGGGCUAUGCAAGGCUAUCUCCUAAUCUCAGGAAUCAUCUUGAUAGGUUUGAAGUAUCUUUCUCUAAUAUUAUAAGGGCAUCUGAAUACCCAGUAGUACUCUCUUUAGAAAAUCACUGCUCCCCUCAGCAACAAGAAAUAAUGGCAAAUAAUAUGCAAAGUAUUCUUGGGGAUGCACUGCUUUCUGAUGUACUUGAAAAUUUUCCAAAUGAAUUACCUUCACCUGAGGCAUUGAAAUUCAAAAUACUAGUAAAAAAUAAGAAAAUUGGAACAAUAGAGGAGACAAUUGAAAGAAUAGGCACUAACAAACAAGGCCGGAUAGUAGAAUGUGAAGAAGAGGAAGAUGAGGAUGAGUCUGAAGAAAAAGACAGUGCUACUACACCCAUACUUAAAGAGAACAAAGAAAAAGAUCUAGAAGAAAAAAAAUCUAUAAUAAGCAAUUUCAUUUCUUAUUCUAAGAAAAAAAAGAUUAGGAAGGUGAAAUUAUCUUUGGAGCUGUCAGAUCUUGUCAUUUACACCAAAGCUGAGAAAUUUAGGGGCUUUCAUCAUGCCCAAAUUAAUCAGAAAUUCAAUGAGAAUAAUUCUAUUGGGGAGUUGCGUGCAAGAAAACUUUCAAAACAGAAAGCUCGUGAAUUUAUCUCGCAUACCAACAGUUUCAUUACGAGAAUAUAUCCAAAGGCAACCAGAACGGAUUCUUCUAAUUACAUUCCUCAAGAAUUUUGGAAUGUAGGAUGUCAGAUGGUGGCCUUAAAUUUCCAAACCCCCGGAGUGCCUAUGGAUCUGUACAAUGGAAAAUUUCUAGAUAAUGGUGGCUGUGGAUAUCUUUUAAAACCAGAAAUCCUAAGAAAUCCAAAAUUAAACUUCUCUCCAAGUGAAUUUAAACAUUAUAAUCCAACUAUACUUUCAAUAAGGCUCAUAAGUGGUUUCCAGUUGCCAUCUACUUAUUGGAAUAACUCACUAGUGUUGAUAGAAAUAUAUGGCAUUCCAGAUGACCAAACAAAGCAACAGACUCACGUAGUUAGAAGAAAUGCUUUUGAUCCACGAUGGAAUGAAACAUUCACAUUUACUAUCCAAGCCCCAGAAAUGGCACUCAUACGCUUUGUUGCUGAAAGUCAGUCUACAAUAGGUGCAAAUGAAUUCCUUGGACAGUACACAUUACCACUGCUUUGCAUGGAAAAAGGUUAUCGCACCGUUCCUCUGUUUUCCAAAUCAGGUGACAGUCUUGAUCCCGCUUCACUAUUUGUUUAUGUGUGGUAUCAUUCAUAG